UCAUAGCGGCGGGCGGGUUGUGGCGGGAGCGCGCACAAUGGCGGCGUUGCUGUCUCUCGGAGUGGGCCUGCUCGGCAGAGGGCUGCUCGGCUGCCCGCGGGCCGCCAGCUGCAGCAGCAUUUGUUCAGGAAUACGAAGGUUGUCAUUGGAUAAGUCCCCCCUCAGCCCACCAAAACGGCCACUCAAUGCUUACCUACGUUAUGUGGUGGAACAGCAACAGAUAUUAUUUAAGCAAAAACCAGAUAUCCGUGUGGUAGAAAGGACUAAAUGGAUUGCUCAGGCUUGGAGACAGUUAACAGCAGAUCAGAAACAACCAUAUGAAAUUGCAGCAAAUGAUGGUAAAGAGAAAUAUAAAUUGGAAUUGGCAACCUUCAAGGCGCAACUCACUCCAGCUGAGUUAGACGUUUUGAAAGAAAAUAAGAGACACAAACUGGCCAAACGGAAAUCAAUGAGACAGAAACGAAAGCUUACAAUGUUGGGGAAGCCUAAACGACCACGGACAGCUUUCAAUAUCUUCAUGGCAGAAAACUUUGAUGAUGCCAAAGGCCCAACUUCCACGGCAAAGCUAAAGUACCUCCAGGAUGAGUGGCAUCAGUUAUCCGAUACACAGAAACAGAUGUACAAGCAGCUGGCUGAGGAUGAUAAAAUCCGAUACCGGAAUGAAAUCAAGUCCUGGGAAGAGCAGAUGAUCGAGACAGGACACGAAGAUGUCAUUCGUGCAAAGAAAAAGAAAAGACUUCGAAGGUUGCCACGGAAGAAAGCAAAAUCAAAACAAACUGUGUCACAAACAGCUUCCACUGAUGCCAAAGCCUCAAAACCGACAUCUACUUCAAAAACAGGGAAAGAAGUUAAGAGCAUCAAAAAACCUGAAGAAUAAGGUCAUUCCUGAAAGACCUAUUUUUAUUGAUCAUGCUCAUAACUGAUAUUCAAAACGGACUACUAUUCCUGCCAUUUCAAGAAUCUACAUGGAUUAUAAUUGUGAAGGAUUUGAAUUUCUCUGCAGCAAUAUGGUUGUGACAGCAGAUAUACUGGGCACUGUGUUCUAGCUACUUCAUAGAAAGUUAGUGUAUGCCAUCUAUAUUGGGCAUACAAUGAGGAACCUCUUGGGUUCAGUAGAAAAGGCGUAAUUUACAUAUUGUAAAUACGCACGGCUUGUCUAAUUAUGUGAACUAAAUUCAGUUUUGUGAUCUGCAUAUUUUGGAGACGAAGAACUCCACUAGGGACAGGAUCUGUAGUGUACAUUUUACAACUUUUUUUUUUGUAAGCCGAAAUAAUGAAUGCGACAAAUUAUCAGCUGAAGAAUCUUCAAUUAUGCCAUGUAAAUAAAGAUUCAAAUUUGCAUAGAA